ACAUGAAAGUGACAGCAGCAGCAGCUGUGCAAUCAUCCAUUCGUCAUGUUUGUUUACCAAUUGUGUAGCUUUUGCAAAUAACUCCUUUUCUAUGCUUCGGCUGCAUGUGGACGUGUCUUAUAAUAAUUUUCUGUUCGUAUGUUCGAAAAAGUGACUUGAUUUCAUAGUUUUUGUACUUAAAUCACCUCCAAAAUGGGUUUGCCAUUUAGACAACUUCGUAAAUUAUGGCUUUUGUAUUUAUUUCUUUUAUUUUUCGCCUUCUUUAUGUUCGCGCUGAGCAUAAAUGUUUAUGUUCAAAGCUUACAAGAAUCGGAACUUCGAAGAAACAAAGGUGAACCAGGUGCUCUGAAGCGAGGCAGAACCACGGCGACGGUAGUGGGUCACUUUGUUGGAUUCGGAACGAUUCAUGAUAAUAUGACCAAAGAGGAACUCGAUGAGAAUGCUUUCGACCCAGUUGAAACCGAAGGUGCUAUGGGUGCUCCAGUGAUCAUUCCAGCCAAAUACUCCAUCAAAAUGCAAAGAGCCUUUAAAAUACACAGCUAUAAUCUCAUGGCAAGCGAUAGAAUACCUCUCAAUCGAACCCUAAAAGACUACAGAAUCGAUAGUUGCAAAGCGGUGGAGUAUAAUCCAAAAGAACUGCCAGAUACCUCGGUGGUAAUUGUCUUUCACAACGAAGCUUGGUCAGUGCUGCUCCGCACCAUCUGGAGCGUCAUCAAUCGAUCUCCUCCCGAACUACUAAAAGAAAUAAUUCUCGUCGACGAUGCUAGUGAUAGAGCAUUCCUCGGGAAACCCCUGGAAGACUACAUUGCCAAACUUCCAGUACGGACGAAAGUUUUUCGUCUCAGCGCUCGCCAAGGUAUUGUCCCGGCGAGACUUCUUGGAGCAGCAAAUGCCAAAGGACAAGUUCUUACAUUUUUAGAUGCCCAUUGCGAAUGUUCACCAGGAUGGCUUGAGCCACUUUUAGCUCGAAUCAAGGAAAACCGACAAAGUGUAGUUUGCCCAGUCAUCGAUAUUAUCUCCGAAGAUAAUUUCUCCUACACCAAGAGCAUGGAAAACAAUUAUGGAACAUUCAAUUGGAUUCUUAGUUUUAAGUGGUAUGCAACUCCUCCACCGAGUGAGGGAGUAAAUUUGGCAGCUCCCAUGACCACUCCUGCCAUGGCUGGUGGGUUAUUUUCCAUAGACCGAGAGUACUUUUACCAUGUGGGAGCAUAUGAUGAAGAAAUGAAGAUUUGGGGAGGUGAAAAUAUGGAAAUGUCCUUCCGCAUCUGGCAGUGUGGCGGCUCUGUGGAAAUCAGUCGAUGCUCCCAUGUUGGCCAUGUCUUCCGCAAGACUACACCGUACACAUUUCCUGGGGGAGUCACUGAAACACUGUCUAACAAUUUGGCUCGGGCUGCUAUGGUUUGGAUGGAUGAAUGGCAAAACUUCUUCCUGAGGUACGGAAAUCUCAAGAAGGAUUUCGUGAAGUCUUUGGAUAUAUCAGAUCGUGUGGCCCUACGGAAGAAGCUCAAUUGCAAACCAUUUAAGUGGUAUCUGGAGAACAUCUGGCCUGACCAUUUCUUCCCGGCCGAGGAUAGAUUCUUUGGUAAAAUAUUAUGGUUGACCAAUGCCACAACCCUAAACGUUCCUUAUGAGAAAAAAUUAAACAAAAUUUACGCUGCUUCAACACCACAAGAACUGAGACACAUUUUUGACGAACUUGACAUUGAAAAGCACCCAGAUAUGGCCCAGCUCUACAAACCCGCUGAAGAAGGUUGUUUGCGAAUUAGCAAGGAGGAGAAGGGUGGAAUGAUUUUAGCUGUUGCCAAUUGCCUUCAAGACACCAACCUAAACGAUUUGUUUGUGAUGACGACGAAAGGACAAAUCAUGUCCAAUGACAAUUUGUGUCUGGACUAUUUUGAGCACAACAGCACCAGAGUUCCCCAGAGGUCGAAUGUUCGAGUCCAAACGUGCAUAGAUCAUCCUCGACAGCAUUGGGAUUAUCGUUUAGAUUCUCAUAAAAUAAUUCAUCAAGAAUCGCAACUGUGCCUCGCUGUGAAGAAUCCCAGUGUGAGCUUAAGGCUAAUUGUGGCCGAAGAGUGCAUUCCCAAUGAUUUAAGACAAAAAUGGGGACUUUUCUCACUGCCUUGGAAGACUUUUUAGUCAGAGUGAUAGACGAUGUUAGUUUAACUUAAAAUUCAACGACUGAAUAUAGUGUUUUUUUAUUUUUGUACAAAUAACUGUAAUGCAAGUUUUGUUUUUAUAUAACUGAUUGUUUAAAUAUAAAAUUUUAACGACACUCUCGAAAAA